AUGCAUAGCUCCUUGAAUACCCUUGCACAGCUUAUAGGAAGUCGAUGCAGCAGAUUUUCUCAACAUGCGGAGCAUCCGAGCACGAAUGACAUUGACACAUCGAGACGUCCUCAACCACUGACUGAAAAUAGAAUACCAAAGACUAGCAAUGGUCGACCAAUUAUCUCAGAGCCUAUUGCGCAGACACCUACAAACCAGUUCGAGAGCGGAAGACGUAUCGCAAAGCUCCCAUCUGUACAGCAGUCCCUACCUCGCGAUAUAAAUUCUGCUAGCCGGUCUACGAGAAGACCGCAUGAGAUGCCGUUGUCAUGUCAUCCUCCAUCUCAGCAGUCAUGGCUUGAAACUCAGCCACUUACUACCCAUGUUGUCAAGAUUGGUCCUGACCUCGUGCAGGGUGUCAGCAAAAUUCCCUCGCAUCAAGUUAUCGAUGGGAAGUUGAAAGAACCCCCUCGACCAAGGUCGCACCUUCCUGAGAAUGUACUCCAACCAGUAUCAAAUACAAUCCCUAGAACUCAAGCGACCAGGCAAAAACAUCAACAUCACAAUAAACCCACAACCACCACCAACCUAUUCGACCAACCAGUCGCCCCACUACGACCACACACUUACAACAUACCUCCCCUCCAUCCCACCAUCUCACCACAAGAACCCACGCCUACUUCCACUCGACCCAAACAUACUCCACCAUCUCAUUCUCACAGCCAAACUUACCUUCCCGUCCCUUCAGCUCUUCAAACCCUAUGGGCAAGACGUCGUUCUUCUCACGUCAUUCUGGCUGACUCGCCUCUUCAAUUGAAAGUAUUCCGUGAGCUUAAUGUUGUGCUUGAUGAGGUCAUGGGGUUAUAUACUCCUGGCAAUAGAUGA